AUGACUGUUGAGCAGGAGAAUGGCUCUGAAAGGUAUGCAAUUGCUCAUAGAACCAUGGAUGAUACUGACGAAAAAGGAGGAAUUCAAAGAGAAAUUUUCGAACAGCGCCAAUACCACGAAAAAGAUGCACUUUAUACAAAGCUUCGUUACAGGUAUAAGAAGAAAAUCCCAACGCUUCUGAAAUGGUUCCUUCCUUCCUAUAUAACAGAAGUAAUCGAAGAAACCUACGAUCAGUUUCCACUAAAAACAUCAUUAUAUAGUAUAAAUAAUAAACCAGAAAUCCUUAAAUUCUCAGUAACACAAAUUGUUAGCGAAUUCAUCGGCGAAGAUCAAGUUUACGAUGAUGACACUUAUUACACUCCUGAGGAGCUUAAAUAG